UAUCGCUCGAACGUCCUUAAUCGAGCGAGUGACGAGCAGAAAACAGUCGGGACUCCCAAGGUAGUUGUUUAUAACACUUGAUAUAUUUUUCAACAAAGGUUAAUUUUUGCCCGCCUUUUUUUCUGACGCCUUUCUUUUUGCUCAUGUAGAGUGGUUCGACCAGGCCCACUCCCUCCAACCAAUCCCAACCAAAUAUCCAGAAAACAGGGGCUGGUGAUGUGAGUGCAUCCGGCAAGAACCGGAAGCACAUUGCUCACAAGCCCAUAAAAGGGGACGACUCUACUCUCGAAGCUGACAGGGUGGUCAGCAAACCGGAUGCUACUCAGGCAUCGAAGGGUGGCUUUAAGCAACCCAGUACUGCUGUCGGCUCAGCACGAGAGAAGAGGCGUCACGGGAAGGAGGAGGAGGUUCACCCGGACGCUCCUGUGCAAAGGCCGAUUGUCGUCCAGAUGGCCAAGGAGAUGCUGAGGGCGCUUGACCUAGAGGACAAGGCGUCCGUAAGAGGAGUCGACACCCUUAACUUGGGUGCCAUCUUGGGGAACCUUUGUGAGGCUAUGCUGCGCAUCCAGGGGCUAAGAAGGUCAAUCAAGGAGAAGUCUAAAGAGGCGGAUGCCAUUCUGCAGGUAAAGAAGGACCUAGAUUCGGCUCGCUCCAAAAUCAUUGACCUUAAGGCCGAAAUUAAAGGUCUUAAGGAAAAGCUUGAGCCUCUUCAAGAGGCUAAGAAAGUGGCGGAGAGGGCCAAUGAGCGGGUUGGCCACCUGCAGGUGCGCCUGGCGAACCAGGAGAAGCAGCUGAAGUCCAAGUUCAAGUCCCGAGCUGAGGAGGAGAAGGAGGCCCUUGUCAAACAAAUGAUGGAGGACUAUGAGGCCAUCAUGCAGAUGGCAUGGGAGGCGGUACAGCCGGGUGCUGACUAUAGCACCUGGAAAUCCAAGUUUGAUCAAGCAAACGAGGAUUUCAAUGCUGAACUUCUUCGCCAAUCUCAAGAGGAGGCGAACAAGGCUGAUGCUGAGGGCGAAGAGGUCGGCUCCUCAUCAGGCUCUUCUGGGGACGAGGAGGGGGACGAGGAGAAUGAUGAAAAUGCGGAGCAGUCGGAAGGUGAUGAUGCGGCUGCCAAUGUUGAUAACUCCUCUGCCCCUUGAGCUUUUUAUAAGUUCUUUCUGCGGCCGAAUGGCCAUUUACCUCAUCUUCCGGCCUGCGUGCCGAGUAAAUGUGCAUUUUUAUCGACCGAGAGGUCGGGUAAAUUAACAAUUUCUCUGGCUUUGCCAGCAAACAAUCUUACCCAGUCGUCUGGUUGCGAUUGGGCUUUUUAAUAUGAAAUCAUUCAGCCGUUUGGCUGAAGUUAUUCAUAUUGUUGUUCCUUAAAUUUUUUCAUUGCAUGUUUUUUUUUUACUAAGUAUUAUAACCUGUAUACCAUGCGAAUGUUCUUGC